AUGAAGCUCAUCAUUGUCGGCUCGACAGACAUUCUUGGUGCGGAACUCGUCAAACAAGCUCUUGCCAACAUCAAAAUCACAUCCAUCAUAGCUAUAUCAGGUCGUCCGACAGAUCCACCACAAGAACCUAGUGGCCAUUCGAAAAUGGUGACGUGCGAGCUUCCCCAAAACAAUGAGGGCUGGAAUAGACUAACUAUCGAUGCUUCUGCAACGGGUGCUUGUAUUUGGAACCUCAGACCAGUUGCGACUGGACCGAAAAAUGAAUUUACACAUUACGACCGAGCGUGUUAUCACGAAGAAAUUGAGAAAGGCGUGAAAUGGAUGGCGAGGCGGCGAGCACGUUUCGGGAACCCUAACUCUUCUGACGUAACUCCCGUUAAGUUCAUUUACGUGAGCAGUUCGCGAUCCAGAAGACCCCGGAUGCCGCGUCAAGAUCCGACUUCACUUUUGAUACAGGGAAUCACAGAGGUAGAUGUCUUGAGUUCCGCAGGUGAGCUCAAUGGACAAGUGCAGGCAUGCAUUGCAAAGCCGAGACACAUCGUUCGACCCAAGACUGGCAAUGGCUUGAAAGAAAUGGCGCAUACUGCUGGAUCGUGGGUCCGAGAUGGUCUCAAAGGUCGGCUGCCAAGAAUUCAGGCAGAAACAGUUGCGGCUGCGCUUCUGGACCAAGCCAUCACGGGUCAGCACCAAGAAACUCUUCAUAAUAGGGAUUUGAUCAGAAUUGGGGAAAGGGCGCUUAAAGUCUCAGAGGAGUUGGUCACAGGUGAACAGGCAGAACAGACGAGUGAACAAGCAGGAGAGACGGGUGAACAAGAAGAUAGGGCUAAUAAACAGGCAAACGAGACGGUUCAAAUUUUUUGA